GCUCGCGUAAGCUCGCACGCGCCGUCGGUGUGUGUGUGUCGGUGCCGCCUAGGAACAUUCAGGCCGGCGCGGCUGGCAGUGCUCACAACAGUGCCCACUUUCUAACAUGGCAGAUCAAUUUGUGUUGUAUUAUCAUGUGACGGCGAAACGCUCCCGUUGAUAGGACCCGUAACCUCGUGUGAAGCGAUCCUAGUCCCCCCGGUAACCUCGCGAGUGUGGACGCGCGGACGCGGUCGCGUUAAAUGUCCGUCGCGAUGGCGGACCUCAAGAGCCCGCCGUUCAGUGACAUCAAGCGGCCCGAGGAGGUGGUGGCGAUGGCGAUGAACGACAGCCUCAAGUUCGCCGUGCUGAUCGGCCUGAUCGAGGUGGGACAGGUGUCCAAUAGGGAGGUCGUCGACACCGUGCUACACCUGCUCGUAGGCGGUGAAUUCGACAUGGAGCUGAAUUUCGUGAUACAGGACGCACAGAACAUCAGGCACAUGCUGGAGCUUCUCGACCAUUGCCCACCCAAUCUCCAGCGUAGUGUUUCUGAGAAUGCGAAGAACAUGAAGAUAGAAAAGUGAUUUCUAAGAUUCUUCUCGGAUAUCAUCCAGUAGAGUCGAGUUACACUAUUGCGUUGGAGCUGAUCGAAGAGUCUCAGACUACUCAAUCUUUCCCUAGUCUCGACAGCUUUUGAAAUAGACAGCAAUUUAUAUCUCUUAUAAGAUUUCCCAUUUAUCACCAUUCGAUAUGUCUAAUUCCUUUAGUCAUCUGU